AUGGCGAAUCGAACCGACCCGAGGGCGAAGAGCAUAAGGGGAACCGACCCACAAAAUCUGGUGGAGAAGAUUCUCCGGACCAAGAUUUACCAGAACACUUACUGGAAACAACAAUGCUUCGGUCUCACAGCCGAAACCCUAGUCGACAAAGCCAUGGAGCUCGACCACGUCGGAGGCGGCACCCGAAACCCUACCCCUUUCAUGUGUCUCGUCACCAAGAUGCUUCAGAUCCAACCCGAGAAAGAAAUCGUCGUCGAAUUCAUCAAGGAAGAACAGUACAAAUACGUUCGAGUGCUUGGGGCGUUUUAUUUGAGAUUGACCGGAACCGAUGUUGACGUGUAUCGUUAUUUGGAGCCCUUGUAUAAUGACUUCAGGAAGCUGAGGCAGAAAUUAGCCGACGGGAAAUUCGCCCUGACCCGCGUGGAUGUGUUCGUUGAUGAACUUUUGACGAAAGAUUAUUCGUGUGAUAUUGUGUUACCGCCUAUUAAGAAAAGAUGGACUCUUGAAUGUUUAGGUUCGUUAGAACCAAGGAGAAGCGCCCUUGAAGAUGAUUUUGAUGAGGAAUUACAAAAGGAUGAAGAUGAUCAUCAAUCCGAAAAUUGCUUAGAUAUUGCUAAGGAUUAUGUUCGGGAGAGAGAUCGAGAUAGAAGAAGGCGGGACCAUAGUCAUAAUAAAUACAAGCAUCGGGACUAUGAUAGAGACAGUGAAAGAAAACAAGAGCUGGAUCGUGAUCGCCACCAACAUCACCAUAGAGGAGAUAGGGAAUAUAAGCGCGAGAGGGAGCUAAGAAGACACUCAAGAAGUAGAAGUAGAAGUAGAGAUGGUAAGGAUAACCGACACCGAAGACAUGCUAGCCCUAGUAGUAGGGAUGAAACUAAGAAGAAGAAGAAAGAAAAGAAGGAAAAGAAGGAUGAUGGGACUGACCAUCCAGAUCCUGAGAUUUCAGAAGCAAAUAGGCUUCGUGCAUCUCUUGGCCUAAAACCUCUUAAGUUAUGA